AUACAUUUACAUUUUACAAAACUUGUACUUGUGUACAUUGAUAAAUACAGGUACACAUGAAUACGAGUCACGUCUCUUACACAUAAUAGCAAUAGUUAAAUAAAAUCUAUAAUAAAGAUGGAGGACAAGAAUCGGGAUUCGGAUCGUGAAAAUAAAAAAGAGGAUAAUCAUGAUAAAAAUGCUAAAAGCAAAAGCAGCUCGAAAAAACGCGACCGGAAGAAAAAAAAUCAGACGGCGAAUUCUGGUGAAAACAAUCAGAUUAUUAGCCCGACGAUGACCAGUUCGGAGAUGACGAGCACAAACGCCUCCGGUGAAGUACCUGGAGCCUGCUUUUCAAUAAAAGAAAUCCAGAUGGCGAUGGAGGUUUUGAAGAUGCAGCACAAACCUGCUAAAACUCAAGAAGAAGCUCUGCAGAAGACUUAUCAGUUCUGGAGCACACAGCCUGUUCCUAAAAUGGAUGAAAAAAUAUCAAUAAAUGAACCAAUUGAGCCGAACAAGACAUCAAUAAGGCCAGAACCUUAUUCACUGCCAGCUGAUUUUCAAUGGGAUACUUUAAACCUCGACGACCCUCUAGUUCUCGCAGAGCUUUACACUUUGUUAUCAGAAAACUAUGUUGAGGAUGAUGACGCCAUGUUCCGAUUUGAUUACCCUCAGAAUUUUUUAAAGUGGGCGCUGCAACCACCAGGCUGGUGUAAAGAAUGGCACUGCGGUGUGCGCGUUUCAAAAAGUGGACGUCUUGUUGGUUUUAUAUCAGCAAUUCCCGCAACGCUACGCGUUUAUGACCACACCCAGAAAAUGGUGGAGAUAAAUUUCCUGUGCGUCCAUAAAAAGCUCAGGUCAAAGCGCGUCGCUCCAGUUCUGAUCCGCGAAAUAACCAGGCGAGUAAAUCUUCAAGGUAUUUUCCAGGCAGUUUACACUGCUGGUGUGGUGUUGCCAAAACCAAUCGCCACUUGUCGGUACUGGCAUCGCUCAUUGAACCCAAAGAAACUUAUCGAGAUUAAAUUCUCUCAUUUGUCUCGUAACAUGACCAUGCAGAGAACGCUCAAAUUUUACAAGCUCCCGGAGACUCCGCGUACUCCUGGAUAUAGAAAGUUGGAAGAGCGCGAUGUUAAUCGAGCUCACAAGUUACUCAAUGAGUAUCUCGAGAAGUUUGACUUGGCACCAGUUUUCACGAAGGAAGAAUUUCGACACUGGUUCUUACCGCAGGAUGGUAUAAUAAACAGUUUUGUUGUUGAAAAUGAUAAUAAAAUAACAGAUCUAGUUAGUUAUUACACAUUACCGAGUUCAGUAAUGCAUCACCAAGUCCACAAAACACUACGAGCUGCCUACAGUUUUUAUAAUGUUUCUACUAAAACACCAUGGGUUGAAUUGAUGACUGAUGCAUUAAUUUCAGCAAGAAAUCUGGACUUCGAUGUGUUCAAUGCAUUAGACCUAAUGGAUAAUAAAGAAUUUUUAGAAAAUCUAAAAUUCGGUAUUGGCGACGGGAAUCUUCAAUACUACCUCUACAAUUGGCGCUGUCCCAGUAUGACGCCCAACAAAAUUGGCUUAGUUUUGCAAUAGACUAACCUGAUAAAUAAAAUGAAUUAACACUAAAAAAAACAAAUAAAAAAAAAACAAUGUUUUUUCAAUCACACUCCUAGUUCUAGUGUUAAUUACAUCAAUAAAAUAUUAUUACUACUUUCUAUUUUAAUUUAGUAAAUAAAUAAAUAAAAAAAUUAAAAGUUUACCAAAUUUCUUGAUUAGACUGUAAGCUUAUUCCAAUAGAAA